GAUGGCCCGCUCUUCUCCGAGGGGCCCGACAGCCCCCGGGAGCUCCAAGAUGAGGAGUCUGGCAGCUGCCUCUGGGUGCAGAAGUCCAAGCUGUUGGUGAUCGAAGUGAAGACUAUUUCCUGUCAUUACAGUCGCCGCGCUCCUCCUUCUCGACAGCCCAUGGACUUCCAAGCCAGCCUCUGGGCCCGUGGGUCCCAGAGCCGCACGUGUAGGCCGCGCCCGGGAUCCCCUGAGCAGCCUCCCCGCCGGCCCUGGGCCUCCAGGGUGCUGCAGGAGGCGACCAACUGGCGGGCGGGGCCCCCAGCCGAGGUCCGAGCCCGGGAGCAAGAGAAAAGGAAAGCAGCGUCGCAGGAGCAGGAGGCCAAGGAGACAGAACGAAAAAGGCGCAAGGCUGGUGGGGCCCGACGGAGCCCUCUGGGCCAGCCCCGCCAGGAGCCCCGGAACGGCCCUCGGGCGGCCCAGCCGGCAGGGCUCCCAGGGCCCCCUCGGCCGGAGCCCGAGCGCUUCGGGCAGGUGGGGAGAGCCUCCCGUCCACCCGUGCAACCGCAGAGCGACCCAGGGGCGGUGUGGGCGGGGCCCUGGAGAGGUCGCCGGCCUGGGCCCCCCAGCUACGAGGCUCACCUGCUGCUGAGAGGCGCUGCAGGCACUGCCCCGCGACGCCGCUGGGACCAGCCGCCACCCUACGUGGCUCCACCUUCUUACGAAGGCCCCCACAGGACCUUGGGGACGAAGCGAGGCCCCCAGCUCUCCCAGGUGCCCACCUCCUCCGCCCCAGCUCCGACCCCAGCCAGGACUGAGGGAGGGCGCGCGAAGAAGAGGCUGGAUCCUCGGAUCUACCGGGACGUCCUCGGGGCUUGGGGUCUCCGACCGGGGCGGGGUCUCUUAGGGGGAUCUCCAGGCUGUGCACCCGCUAGGCCGAGGCCGGAGUCUGGCAAGGGGUCCUCGAAGAAAAGCUCGGGCCUAGCUGCUGCUGGCCUCAACAGUGGCAGCGGCAGUCGUUCCCAGGCCGACGCUCCUGGCGGCCCAGGCACGGAGACAGCUCCUGCGGGGUCUACACCUGCAACCCCCAGGUCCCCGCGUCCCGCCCCCAGGUCCGGGCACCACCUCAAGGGCUCGAGGGAAGGGAAAGAAGGAAGGGAACAUAUCUGGCUCCCCAAAUGUUGGAUUCCUUCCCCUAAAAAGCAGCCGCCGCACCGUAGCCAGACCCUCCCCAGACCGUGGGCUCCAGGAGGCACGGGAUGGAGAGAGUUCCCGGGUCAGAGAGAAGGGGAGGGACCCGAGGCUCUGGGAGGUUGGAAGGCGACCCGCCGCGCCCACACCCUGCCCCGAAGCUCGCGGGCCCCGGCUCCUGGGGAAGGCAUCUUUGUCAUUGACGCCACAUGCGUGGUGAUACGGUCCCAGUAUGUUCCGGCUCCGCGAACCCAACAGGUGCAGCUUUUGCCGUCUGGGGAGUCACGCAUCGUGGGCCAUGGUCCCGGGCAACCCAAGGGCAGCAAGGAGGAGGGCGAGAGGGCCUUAGGCUUUCCCUCCGCUUGCCAGAAGCUGCUGUUGAGCAGUCGUCUUUUGCACCAGCCCAGCGCGGGGCACGGGUGCAAAGCCAAGGGCGGGAAGCCAGAGGACUCCUCACUGGAGGAGCGCGCGUCCCCCGUCUUGGGACUCUUGGUCGGCGAAGUUAACCUGCCGUGCGCCGCCGUGCCGCCAGGUAUCCCAGAGCGCGCAGCCUCAGGCCCUGCGGCUCCGGCGGACGCGGGCAGCGUGAGGGGCUCGAAACUGGCGGCUGCCCCGCGGCCCGUGGGCGGGGGCUGGGCACGUACCCCCGGGCCCUAUGCCGGAGCCCUGCGGGAAGCUGUGUCCCGCAUCCGCCGCCACACCGCCCCAGACUCAGACUCAGACGAAGGUGAGCUCAGCAUCCACAGCGGUUCCUCUGAUGGAAGCGACACAGAAGCCCCGGGCGCCUCCUGGCGGAAUGAGAGGACCCUGCCCGUGGCUGGCGACACCCAGCCUGGGGAAGGCGGGAAGACAGCUGAGUUGAACAGCAGCAUCCGGGAGAUUCUAGAUGUCAUCAGCCAAACCGAACAGGCCCUCUUCCCAGAGAGGGAUACCAAGGGCACCCCACAGGGAAGUAGGGAGAGGCAGUGAGGGGCCCCUUCUUGUCUCUGUGUUUCCCGACUUAUCUGUCCUUCCUUGGGCCCACAGGUUCCACAGAUUUCUCCCCCACAGAUUUCCUUUACUUCUUAUUUCCUUGUUUCCCUACCUAUUGCUAUUCCUAACUUGAAAUAGAACUAAAAGGAAAGGGAGCACGUGUCCAAUCCCGGCUUUGUUUUGGAGGGGUGAGGGUGAACAGUAGACUGAAUGCCUGCUACCUUCAGGGCAUAGGGUGAGGUCUUCAGCGCGGACUGCUGCAUUGGUGAGCAGAGAGCUGGCCAGAACCAGGCAAGAGGGCAGGGGCAGGGGCAGGGCAGGGGCAGGGCAGGGCCUGUGGGCACAAGGAGCAAACUGAUAGAGAAGCUUUGGACCUCGUGACGGAGUGACCAGGUGCCAGAGGGACUCUUGACACAGGAUGAAUGGAAUGGGUCUGAAACAACCAGCAAAAGCAGGAAGAGGGCUCACUUGAGGGUCUCAAGUCUUGAGUUUUAAUCUCAACUCUGCCACUGACUUGAUGGUCAGCCUUAGAGCAGUCGCUUUCCCUCUCCAGGCCUCCAGAGCCCCCUGGUAUGUGAUAUGAGGGCUUCUGUGGUCCACCCUUCCAUCCCUGGAGUUUGGGGAUUGUUGGGAAGGGGUCUAGCUAAUUCUCCUCUCGUCAAGCCACAAAGAAAGUUGAGAAUAAGUGAAAAGAAUCUGAAGGUUCCUCAGGUGACCUCCUUGUCACCUGCACCUAUUCUCAAUUCAGCAGGUUUUGUAAAAGAGCUGAGGGGACAAAGGGCUGUUAUCCCUGUCCCUCAGGUCUAGAUGAGGGCUCCCCAGGGGAGGGUAGGUAGUAGCCCUGUCACUGUCCCUGGCCUGUGGUGGUCCGAGCUGGGGAGGGAAGGCAGCCAAUGAAUCAGCUUGGGACCUCUUUAGGCCUUCCCCUCUUCCUCCACCCUCGUGUCCUUUAGUGAUGCUCUGGAGCGUUACGACGAUUUCCUACUCAGGUAACAUUUGACAGAACCCUGAGAAUUUCUGCAUCUCUGCCUCUUCCAGAAUCCCACCAGGCGAGGAAGGAGGCUGAUCCCAAGAAACCGGGGUGUGGGGUGUGGUGCUCGCUGUGGCCACUGAGGGGCGCGCGCAGGUCGCGGAUUUCCCCCGCUGCUAGUUCUAGAGCGCCCCCCCCCGCCCCCAUCCGGGCUCUGUCAGUGAAUCCGAGUCCCAGUUUCCGCGCGCCUGUCCCCCGCCGUGUCAUCUCCAGCCGCGCGGGCCGGGAGUAGGCCUCCAGCCUCCCAGACCUCUGGAGCGCACGAACCCCUCCUUGUACGCAUCCACGCCAAUCGGCCGGGAGAGCGCCCUGAAGUCUUUUUGGGGUUUUUUGGUCUGAUCCUGGGCACCUCCUCUGUCUCUGCCCUUUACUAGCCAUGUGAACUUGGCCAAAUCACUUCACCUCCCUGAGCCUCAGUUUCCUCAUCUGUCAAAUGGGGGUUUAUAAACACCUACCUCGCAGGGUUGUUGUGAGGAUCUCAUGCAGUAAUGUAUGUACAGCGCCUAGCACAGUGCCUGGCACACAGUAGGCGCUCAAUAAAUCUAAGCUUUCCUGGCUCUGGC